UCCCUCUAAAAGUAAAACCCCUCUAAAACCCCACCUUCGACCGACGCCCAGUUCGCUGCCCCUGCGCCACAGACUCCACCCCCGCCCGACGUCGCCACCACCUGUCAGCCGCCGCACCUCCAUCACGGCCCAGCAAGUGCCUCAGCCACAUCGCACGCCCGCUCGACCCUUCUCGGCGGUCGCUUCCGUCUCAUUCCGGUGCAAGAGGUUUUCCAGUUAGCGAACUACCAAACUGGCUGUCCAAUUGCUAUUCCUGCAAUUUCCUUAUAUUUAAUUUCGUGAACUGAUCGCGCAGAGCUAAAAGCUAAAACUUUGCAGCUUUUUUAGCUCAUGGAAGACCUCCGCAACAAAAGUCACUCGGAUGUCGACUAUCAAAAGAUAGCCGCUCCAAUAAAAUCAGCUGUUGACAAAUUCCAGCUCGUGCCCGAGUUCUUGAAGGUGCGAGGGCUAGUCAAGCAACACUUGGAUUCUUUUAAUUAUUUUGCAAACACGGAGAUAAAGAAGAUUGUCCGUGCUAAUGACAAGAUCGUGUCAAACAUCGAUCCCAACCUUUAUCUCAGGUUUAAAGAUGUCAGAAUUGGCAAUCCAACUGUAGCUAUGGGGGAUGGUGUUGUGGAGGAUCUCUCUCCUCAAAAGUGCCGUUUGACAGAUAUGACGUAUGCUGCUCCAAUUUUGGUUGAUGUGGAGUAUACCAAAGGAAGUCAUGGAGGAUAUAGCUUGUCAGAAAAGAAUGAUGUUGCAAUUGGAAGAAUGCCUGUCAUGCUUCGCAGCUGUUGCUGCGUUCUAUUUGGGAAAGAUGAAGAUGAACUUGCAAGACUCGGUGAGUGCCCCCUGGAUCCGGGAGGGUAUUUUAUAAUAAAAGGAACAGAAAAGGUGAUACUAAUACAAGAACAACUGUCGAAGAACAGGAUAAUUAUCGUUACUGACAAGAAGGGGAACAUAAAUGCAUCUGUUACUAGUAGCACAGAAGCCACAAAGAGCAAAACUGUGGUUGUGAUGGAAAAAGAGAAGAUGUACUUACAACUCAAUCAGUUUGCAAAGAAUAUUCCAAUUAUGAUAGUCAUGAAGGCAAUGGGAAUGGAAAGCGAUCAAGAGGUAGUCCAGAUGAUCGGCAGAGAUCCUAGAUAUGGUGCCCUUCUUCUUCCAUCGAUUGAGGAAUGUGCAAGCCUUGGUAUAUUUACGCAACAACAAGCUCUUGAGUUCCUCGAGGGAAAGGUGAAGAAGUUGCCAUAUGCAAAUCUUUUGACAGGAAAGGCAGGUAGAGCUAUGUCUAUACUUCGAGAUGUAUUUCUUGCUAACGUGCGGGUGAUCAAGAAUAACUUCCGCCCUAAGUGUAUAUAUGUUGCUGUGAUGUUACGACGCAUGAUGGAAGCAAUUUUGAAUAAGGAUGCGAUGGAUGAUAAGGAUUACGUGGGAAACAAGCGGUUGGAGUUAUCUGGCCAAUUAAUUUCCCUGCUUUUUGAGGACUUGUUUAAGACUAUGAUCAGCGAGGUCCAAAAGCAGGCAGAUAAUGUGUUAUCAAAGCGCAGCAGGUCAAGCCCACUUGACUUUUCUAUGUUAUUACCUAGGGAUAUUAUAACUGUUGGCUUAGAAAGGGCCCUUUCAACUGGAAAUUGGGAUGUCAAACGUUUCAGGAUGCACAGGAAGGGCAUGACACAGGUGCUGGCUCGGCUAUCCUUUAUAGGGACAUUGGGUUAUGUGACCCGAAUCUCACCUCAGUUUGAGAAGUCAAGGAAAGUUAGUGGACCUAGGGCUUUGCAACCAAGCCAGUGGGGAAUGCUCUGCCCAUGUGACACUCCAGAGGGUGAGGCUUGCGGUCUAGUAAAGAAUUUGGCUUUGAUGACUCAUGUUACCACUGAUCAAGAGGAGGGUCCACUAAUAUCUUUGUGCUACUGUUUGGGUGUCGAAGACUUGGAACUACUAUCUGGUGAAGAGCUGCAUACACCCAAUUCAUUCUUGGUUAUUUUUAAUGGGCUCAUUCUGGGCAAGCAUAGGAGACCACAGAGAUUUGCGAACACUAUGAGGAAGUUACGGAGAAUUGGCCGAAUAGGCGAGUUUGUUAGUGUCUUUGUCAAUGAAAAGCAGCUUUGUGUUUACAUUGCUUCUGAUGGUGGGCGGGUAUGUCGUCCCCUUGUUAUUGCUGACAAAGGUAUAUCAAGGAUCAAAGAGCAUCAUAUGAAGGGACUGUUGGAUGGAGCACGUACUUUUGAUGAUUUUGUGCGAGAAGGUUUGGUUGAAUAUUUGGACGUCAAUGAGGAGAAUAACGCUUUGAUCUCUUUAUAUGAAUGGGAGGCUACUCCAGAGACAACUCAUAUUGAGAUAGAGCCAUUCACCAUCCUCGGUGUUUGUGCUGGGCUAAUUCCUUUUCCUCAUCAUAACCAGUCGCCUCGAAAUACAUACCAGUGUGCAAUGGGGAAGCAGGCAAUGGGGAAUAUUGCUUAUAAUCAGUUGCUUCGGAUGGACACGCUACUGUAUCUGUUGGUCUACCCUCAACGUCCUUUGUUAACAACAAGAACUAUUGAACUGAUUGGAUACGACAAGCUUGGAGCUGGGCAGAAUGCGACUGUUGCAGUGAUGAGUUACAGUGGCUAUGAUAUAGAGGAUGCAAUUGUCAUGAAUAAAUCGUCUUUGGAUCGUGGAUUCGGUCAUUGUAUAGUGAUGAAAAAGUAUAGUGCCAUCAAUCAGAAGUAUGAAAAUAAGACAUCAGACAGAAUACUCAGGCCACCUAGGAAAGAUGACAUAAACAAGAAAGGUGAAAAUCCAGACUGGGAAAGGAUGCAGAUAUUGGAUAACGAUGGAAUCGCUGCACCUGGGGAAAUUAUUAGGCCAAAUGAUGUUUACAUUAACAAGGAAUCCCCUAUCAUAACAAAGGGAGAACCGGUAAUGGUUGGGCUGAAAGAUAGUGACUAUAAGCCUAGCCGACAAACAUUUAAGGGCACUGAAGGCGAGUCUUGCGUUGUGGAUAGAGUGACCCUCUGUUCAGAUAAGAACAACAAUUUAUCAAUUAAGUUCAUGAUUCGGCAUACUCGUCGACCUGAGGUUGGAGACAAAUUCAGCAGCAGACAUGGGCAGAAGGGAGUUUGUGGUACCAUUGUUCAGCAAGAAGACUUUCCGUUUUCUGAACGUGGGAUUUGCCCUGAUUUGAUUAUGAAUCCUCAUGGUUUUCCAAGUCGAAUGACAGUAGGUAAGAUGAUUGAGCUGCUUGGUAGUAAAGCUGGAGUUUCAUGUGGAAGGUUUCAUUAUGGUAGUGCAUUUGGUGAACCAAGUGGUCAUGCAGACAGGGUCGAGGCUAUAAGUGAAACCCUUGUCAAGCAUGGCUUCAGCUACAAUGGAAAGGACUUUCUCUAUUCAGGUAUAACUGGUUGCCCUCUUCAGGCCUAUAUUUUUAUGGGGCCAAUUUACUACCAGAAGUUGAAACACAUGGUCUUGGAUAAAAUGCAUGCUCGGGGCAGUGGUCCACGUGUGAUGCUAACCAGACAACCAACUGAAGGAAGAGCCAGGAAUGGAGGGCUAAGAGUUGGAGAGAUGGAACGUGAUUGUUUGAUAGCUUAUGGUGCAAGUAUGCUUAUCUACGAGCGCCUGAUGUUAUCUAGUGAUCCUUUCGAGGUUCAGGUUUGCAGAGCUUGUGGUUUGUUAGGAUAUUACAACCAUAAGCUCAAAACAGGAAUAUGUUCUUCGUGUAAGAAUGGGGACAACAUUUCAACUAUGAAAUUGCCAUAUGCUUGCAAGCUUUUAAUCCAGGAGUUGCAAUCGAUGAAUAUUGUUCCGCGGUUGAAACUAGCUGACUUGUGAUGGGACUUUCUCAUGAUGUAUACAACCUUG